CACUCUGCACAUCCUGAUUCCUGGCUGAUCUCAACCAAGAUGGCAGCUUCCAGUGCAGUACUAUCGAUGUCCAAACUCCUAAAACCAAUCUGGGGCAGACAAUUGGCGAAUUCAGCGAAAAUUUAUGGAGCGACACUGACCAGUCACAGGGAGAAGUCAUCAAGCUAUAGAGAGAAUAUUCCUCCACCGGCUAAGUAUGGUGGGAGACACACAGUGACGCUGAUCCCAGGAGACGGCAUUGGACCAGAGCUGCUCAACCACGUCCGGGAGCUCUUUAGGUUCAGUUGCGUGCCAGUGGACUUUGAGGUGGUCAACGUCAACUCCUCAUUAACCACAGAGGAAGACAUCGACAACGCCAUCACCGCCAUCCGACGCAAUGGUGUCGCUCUCAAAGGUAAUAUUGAGACCAACCACACCAUGCCGCCCGCUCACAAAUCAAGGAACAAUCUCCUACGCACCAGCCUGGACCUGUAUGCUAACGUGAUGCACUGUCAGUCCCUGCCUGGAGUCCAGACUCGCCACAAGAACAUCGACAUCAUGAUCAUCAGGGAGAACACAGAGGGGGAGUACAGCAGUCUGGAGCACGAGAGUGUGUCCGGAGUGGUGGAAUGUCUCAAGAUCAUCACAAGGAAUAACUCCCUGAGGAUCGCAGAGUACGCCUUCAAACUGGCCAGGGAGAAAGGGCGGCGCAGGGUCACUGCCGUCCACAAGGCCAACAUCAUGAAGCUGGGCGACGGCUUGUUCCUGCAGUGCUGCAGGGAGGUGGCAUCAGGUUAUCCAGACAUCACCUUCGACAGCAUGAUAGUCGACAACACCACCAUGCAGCUGGUGUCCAAGCCGGAGCAGUUUGAUGUGAUGGUGAUGCCCAACCUGUAUGGGAACGUGGUCAGCAAUGUGUGUGCCGGCCUGGUGGGAGGGCCAGGGCUGGUGCCCGGGGCCAACUACGGCCGAGACUACGCCGUCUUCGAAACAGCCACAAGGAACACUGGGAAGAGUAUUGCCAACAGGAACAUUGCCAACCCCACGGCCAUGCUGCUGGCUAGCUGCAUGAUGCUCGAUCACCUGAAGCUGUAUGACUACGCGACUAUGAUCCGGAACGCGGUGCUGUCCACCAUGAAUGUAACCAGGUUGCACACGGUGGACAUCGGGGGGCAGGGCACCACUUCUGAGGUGGUGCAGUCCAUCAUGAGGAACAUCCAGAGCAAGGGACCUCUCACCACAGAGUUCUAAACCAACACACACAGCUACACAAUGCUGUGUCUGAGGACACGGCAAACCUUGUAUGUGUUUGGAACAACUGUGUGUGCCCGGAGAACAGGUCUGCAUGUCUGUAUCUGUAACGUGACAGUCCCUCCCUUUAUUGGCGUUAACAUCGAAACGGUUCAUGUCACAAAAGUCACUUCACAGUGUAAUAGUCGUCACAUGUUGCUCUCGAUGUCUGUCCAUUCAUGAUUUAAAAAGAAUUUAACGUUUGCCUUUAAGUGAAUUAUCUCUUGGGUUAUUCUCAAACGGUUAGGCCCAGACAUGGAGCCUCUUGUCUCCUGAGAAUGCCCACAUUCUGGGGUCAUGCUAUAAAAUCUGUUCUGACAAACUUCAGUGAUUAAGAAACAAGGGCCCAUUUUGUGGUAACCGUUUAGGUAACACAUGAUGGACGCACAUUACAAGGAUCCCUUUUAGCUGGGAGGUGUUUUGUUCAGAUACAAUCUUGGUAUUAUUGCAUAGGUUCUGACCUGUACACUGCUUACUCAUUCCAUGUUCCCUAUCCGCUAUUCUUAUCAGCUUGCUGCUAACAGCAUCUUGCUGCUAACCAGGAUAACCUUAUAAACAGUCUUAUCAUUUUAUGACUAUUAUUAUAUUUUGUUUACCUGUGAUUCACUUGCGAUUCAAGGCCUACUUUUACCUUACCUUAAGUUUUGUUGUACUUCAUUUACUGUUACAUCUGCUCAUCCUCUUCAGAUCACGUGGCGUAACAUCGAAACGGUUAUUUUUAAUUUUAAGUUAACGCCAGGCACUGACAACAGUUAUCUAGUGUACCUCUUUGUCAUAGUCAUAAUGUUAACUCAAAUGUGCUGCGUGUGUAUAAACUGUGAUACACCCAGAUCAUCUUGUCUUUGGUCCAUACCUAUUAUUAAAUUUUUCUUGGAAAAUAUAAUAAACUUUAUUAAAGCUGUG